GAUUAGACCCCGGUGAAAUAAUGCGGAGAUUUGAUUAUAGGCCGGGCAAAUUUACUGUUUCCAACUUAUUUUUGAAAUUGCAACAUGACGUUUUUAAUAAUGAUGCAAUUAUAGAAUGGUCAAUCUCCGCCUUACGCGGAGGAAU